AUGGAUUUCCACUUUGCUUUCUUGCUGCUGCAGGUGAACCUGAUCAACCAAGGAGCUCUUGAUGCUCCCUUCAGCUGCAUCCCUUCAGCCACAAAGGUGGGCUUGGGCUUCAAGUUGGCACCUCAGGAGGGCAUCAUUGCAGCAGGUGGGAGCCAGACUCUCCAGAUCUCCUUCAGUGCCACCGUGUUGGGGAGGUUUGAGGAAGAAUUCCGGUUCAGUGUGGCUGGAUCUCCUACGCCUGCCAUCCUGACCAUCAAGGGCAGCGUCACUGGACCGAGUUUGCACUUCGACCUCCCUGAGCUCGACUUCGGGGACAUCUCCUUUGGCUUUCCCUACACCCAGUGCUGCCGGCUCACUAACAGCUCCCCGGUGCCCGUGACGUUCCAGCUCCGCAUGUCGUUCGAUGGCACGCAGCCGGCUGUGGACAGCGUGGAUCAGAUCCGCUGCCACAGUGACCCAGCCUGGAGGAAGGGCGUUCACUUGUAUGUGGAGCCCCGGGAGUUUACCAUCACUCCCAGCCAAGGGACCAUCCUGCCCCAGGGACACCAGGACAUCCAGGUGACCCUGUGUUCCAACUCGGUGAUGGAGUUCUACAGGAAAAUGCUGGUGGAUCUGGAGGGUUUUGGCAAGGGAGUGGCAUCAUUGGUCAUCACAGCCAGAUGUCUUGUUCCUAAGCUGCAAGUGUCCCCCCACGUGCUGCAGUAUGAUGAGUGCCUCCUGAAGGUGCCCUACGAGAAGAAGUUCAUCAUUAGGAAUCCCAGCCACCUGCCUGGCUGCUACGGGCUUAUUGAACAGAAACGCAAGGAGGACUCUGCUGUGCUCUACUCCAGCCCCAAGCCCUGUGGGAUUGUCCAGCCUCACAGCACUGCAGAGAUCCCAGUGCUGGUGGAAGUGCAGGCGCUGGGCACGCAUCGCACCAAUGUUCUCAUCGGCGUGUUCGGGGAUGAGAGAAACCCACUGGCUUCCAGUAUCCUGCCAGUGUCAGGUGUGCUGCAGCCAGGAGAGAGCCAGCAGGUCUCCUUGCCCUUCUCUGGCCACCUCAAUAGCAUCUCCAGUGCCACAGCGCUGCGCCAUGUGGAGGGAGGCCCCAGCUCCGAGGUGCUGGUGCCCGGGGAGGCCUCACGUGUCAGCUGCUCCCCGAGCCCCCAGGAGAUCAACUGUGGCUCUGGGGCACCUCUCAGGGAGAGAAGGGAGCUGAAGCGGCUGUCUCCAAAGCUUGAGGAGGAGGCAAAAGCCUUGGCGGAGGAAGAGAGGCAGAAGGAGAAAGAGAAGCAGAAGAAAGAAAAGAAGGGUGUCUCUAAUGAGAUGCAUGUCUUUUGUUAUGAGUAUGAAGAAACAGCGUAG